GCCCAUGUUACAGAAACUUUAUCCUGGAAUGGAUUUAAAUGAAAUGAAAAAUCCAGCGGUUAUCCGUAACAGAAUGAGACGCCUUAUAAAGGAAAUUGUGGACAAACAGAUGUCAGGACAAAAGACUGAGGUUGAAGUGAUAAUGUUACUGACACUUGAUUAUAUUUCUGGUAGAGGUACACGGAAACUUUUAACGAAUAAAGAAGCUUAA